AUGCAUCGUCCGCAGACCAGAAGUGUCUCUAAGUCAAAAGCUGUGACCAACGACAAGAUCACGGGUAUGUUAAUAUAGUUUUUGUUGAGUUUUAGGUGUUUUUGCUUCGAUUUCGGAUGGAAGUUGUUGAUAAAAGCUUCUUUCUUUUGUUUGGAACAUUCUUAUAGUAAAUAUAAAGGUUAUUCUUUUUAAAAGUUUAAGUAAAAAUGGCAACAAAAGUAGUUCUACCAGUUUUUCUUUAAAAAAUUGACGAUUUUAAUCUGUUCUCGACCUGUUGCUGAAAUUUACAAGUGCAAAACCUUGUCAAAAUGCGGAGUGAUGUUUGUUUUAUCAACUAAUGUAAUUUACAGAAUACGAUAAACGAUUGCGGAACGAAACGAAGGGCGACAAGGAUAGGAACAUCUAUGAAAAAGGUAAUCUUUUUAGUGUUGUUUUUGGGUUUAGGUGUUCACGGAUUAACGCCCGUCUGCCGGGUUAAUUUGACGUCUUUUCAAUGAUGUUAGAAGGCUUGUUAACUUUGUCAAUGGUCUUCUCGACGUUGGGAAAAGAGUUCACAGCAUUUUGAUGUUGUUUUAGAUCUCUGUGACAUUGUCUAUGGUCUUGUCAAAGUUUUCAAAGAAUUUCUGAUGUUUUGACGUUGUUUUCGGUUUUUUUGAUGUUGUUCAAGGUCUUGCGUUGAUAAAUUUAGGCUUUCAGGGUUGUUUAAGUUGAUUUUACUUUGAUUUGAUAAUGUUUUUUUGCAGAACUUCAUGAAAAUCGAGUGAAAGCAUUGUUGGAAGCUGUAAAACAGGCUAAAGACGAUGCGUGGAAGUAUCAAUCGUUAGAAGAAACGUUUAGGAAUGGCAGGGAUUAA